AGACAGAGACCUGGUCUAUAAUAAAAUUAAAUAAUCACUAAGCUUUUAGUAGCCGUGCGGUUCCAUUUUUAAAGACGAUUCGUGCUUUAAAUAGUGUCCAUGCGUGAAUUAAAAUGAGAAAAGUGUCAAUUUUGUGGCUCCUUAGUGAGCUUUUUGUUUGGGCCUUAUCGCAACAUAUAAAUCCCUUGAAAGAUCCUACGAUAUGCGGUAUUCCAGCAUGUCCAGAUACAGGUCACAAAUUUAAAUAUGUACCAGAAAGAUACUACACCUAUAAGUAUUCCAUCGAAGCAAGAAGUAUAUUCAACGGUACAAGUAAAAACGAGUCAACAUUGUUCAUUGAUGCUGACGUUACGUUUAAUUUCUUAACGCCAUGUGAUGGCUUGCUGACCCUUUCCGACGUAACAUUAAGCGAAAUUGCCUCAAGAGACAAUGAAGAAAAUCCCACUUCCACUAAUAGUCAGCUAUUUUCCGACAUGAUAAGCGAAUCCACUCUUAGGUUUGCCUUCAAAGACGGAAUUGUCUAUGAAAUAUGUCCAGACGAGAAUGAAAAAACGUAUCCUUUGAAUUUUAAACGAGGAAUUUUAUCGAUGAUUCAAAAUAGCAUGAAAAGAUUUGACUUGGAUUAUUCCGGAGAUGAAGAAGAUGUUAGAGGUGUUUGCUCGACUACUUAUGCUGUUCUCGGAGCAAAAGAAACCAGUCUACUCAUAGAGAAAACAAAAAAACUGGAUAGUUGCACCGACAGAAUAAAAAUCAACUCUGUUAUUCAGAUGACUCCAUCCACUUUUCAAUCGGGGAUCAAACAUGAAAAUAUCCUGCAAUCAUCAAGUCGAUGUGUCCUUUCUAUAGAUCAAAAUAUCUACAAGGAAAUCAGCUGUGAAGAAAACUUCAUAUUGGAACCGUUUUCCAAUAAAGCUGCAGGGGCCAGUACGAUAGUUAUCCAAAAAUUGGUUUUGAAGGAGCAAGGCGAAAAACACUCUGGAGAGGAAAACGAGAUAUCAACGCGAACAAAUCUCAAAUUCGAUCAUAAUAUCCCAAAGCAACCGGCAAACGGCGAUCUAAGAAAAACGAGAGAUUUAAUAAAAAAAUUAUGCAAAGAAAGCCAACAUGACUUGCAAAGCGAUUUUUCUGAUUUGUUUGGAAAGUUCAUUUAUGGAUUAAGGGGCUUAUCGUAUCCGGCUUUGUCCAGCUUUUAUGCUCAUAGCGGAGCUGCAUGCCCUUCAGCAAAAAAACACACUCUCGAGGCUCUUCCAUAUGUGAACACAGCAGGAUCCUUAAGUCUAAUGAAAGAUAUAAUAUUAGCUGAUACAAUAUCUGAAAGCACUUUAGAAGACUGGAUGUCAUCGUUGGCAUUCAUACCCAAUCCAGAUAGGAGUAUGAUGGAGUCAGCUUUAGUAAUCUUGACAGAUAAACCAUUUUCCACAAAUAUUGCUCUUAGUAUUGCGUCUUUGGCUCAUACCUUUUGUACAACAGUCCCCAACUGCGAACGAGUAACGGCUCUUUAUUCAAUUGUGGAGUAUUUUGAAAACUUCCUUUCAGAUCUUCUGGAGGAGAAUACUGAUGACAGAAUUAUACAAGAUAAGAUCAUAGUGACACUUAAGGCAUUGUCUACCAUAGGAUGGAUAUCGGAUAAAUACGAAGAGGAACUUUUUAAAGUUGUGGGUGAUUCUAAUCUGGACGUAGGUGUACGAGUAGCUGCAGUUGAAACUUUCAGACGUCUGCCAUGCGAAAAGCACCGAAAUUACUUUGAAGGAAUAUUUGGAGAUCAACAACAAGACACAGAAGUUAGAAUUGCAUCCUAUCUUCAAGUCAUGAGAUGUCCUAACUAUUUGCUAGUUCGAUCUAUUGCCUAUAAUUUAAGAUAUGAAGAGGUAAAUCAAGUUGGAUCUUUCGUUUGGUCUCAUCUGCACAACAUUCUAAAGUCAGCCAAUCCGCUGAAGGUGGAAAUUCAAAGUUUACUAUCGGAAGAGGACCUAGUUGAGAAAUUUAGUUCUGAUUUACGAAAAUUCUCCCAUAAUCGAGAGGGAUCUUUGUAUUUUGAUGAGUACAAUUUGGGUGGAAACUACGAAACUAAUGUAUUAUUUUCACCCUCAUCCUAUAUACCGAGAGCUGCCAUGCUAAAUCUUACAGUUGAUUUAUUUGGGAAACAUGUCAACCUUUUAGAGGUUUACGGCAGAGUGGAGGGUUUGGAACGCUAUUUAGAAUCGUUUUUCGGACCAGGGGGAAAGGCCAAUACCUUCAAAGAGAAAAUGGAGGAAUACAAAAUGAGAUGGAUUAGAGAGACUAAUACUAAUAAUCCAAUUGAAAGCAAAGUACAGGAAAUGGCCGACACUGCACGAAAUACUAAGAAUGACCCAACAAUCGCUUUUGGAUUCAAGGUUUUCGGAAAUGAUUUGAAAUAUGCUAGCAUCAAAGGAGAUCGGGAAAUUCAGGAAGCUCUGGAGUAUUUUAAUUUCCUUAACUAUCUCAAAGAGAUACUGUCUGGAAAGGAAAUUCAGUACAAAAAAGCUACAAUGUUUCUUGACAGCAACUACGUCGUUCCCAGUGGAGCGGGACUCCCGUUGUUCCUUUCAGCUUUGGGAACAGCUUCAGUCAAUAUCAAAUUAUAUGGAUCUCUAAAAGCCGCAGGUUUUACAAAAAAGAAGGAACUGGAUCUGGUUGCUAAUUUCGAACCCAGCGCUUCGAUAGGUAUUUCAGGGGAAAUGUCUUUGAGUGCAUUCUAUGAGAGUACAAGCGUUAAAUUGAAAACGGAUAUGCAAUCAUCAGUGGCCGUUAAAGGAGAUAUUAAAAUAAGAGCGGCGAAAUUGGUUAGCAUAAAAUUCAGUUUGCCAAAGAAGAACACAAUACUUUUCGGAGCAAGAUCUGAACUGUUGGUGAGACAGCAGAACAUAGAAAUGCCGCAAGAAGGCCUCACUGAAGCUACGGUCUCCAAUAGUUUAUGCUCCUGGCAAGCAAUUUCGGAUGCAAUCGGCUUAAAACUGUGCUUAGAUUACAGUUACAAAAACACCACUGCUAUACCUUCAGCUCCUAUUUUUGCGAUAGCAGGACCAACUAAUUUUGAUGUGUAUGUUCAAAAAUCAGACCCAACAGCAAAUGUAUAUUUAUUUGAAUACAAAUGGUCACAAGGACGAGAUCUCAGUAUGAUUUCAUUGACUUUUGAUACUCCCGGUUCUAUGAUCAAAAGGCUUAUGCACGCCAACUUUACAAUUGAUAAAACGAGUAAUAAUUUAACUAUGCUCAUGCAGUCCUCUUCUGGGAUGAUAUUAGCCAGAGGCCGAAUUAAAAACACUGAUGACCAGAAGAUUUUUCAGAUGACUCUUGAUAUCAACGAUAUGAAGCAUUUUGAUGCUAGCUUGGCCUAUGAUAGAGUCAAAAAACUUAAUGGAUUUGCCUACAAACCAAAGAUGUAUCUAGGCAUUAACGGUCAGCGUGUAAUGGAAUUGCAAGGCUCGAUUGAUCUAAUCAGCAAAAAAGAAAUAUCUCAGUAUACCGUCGACUUGAAGUUUCAAACCAAAAGAUUGACUUCAAAAUUAUUUGGGUAUAUUUCUAAGACCGACUCUUCAAUUGGAACCGACUUACACAUGGAUUAUAAGUUUGUAAAUGUUAAAGAGCAGCGGCUUUCAGUAAGGUUAAGCUUGGCCAAUCGAUCAAGAAAAAAUCUCGCAGUUGUUAUCGGGACAUGCGAUGUCUCAUCCACAGCUUAUCCAGAAUUUAAUUUUAAUGGCAAUGUUACAUUCCAGAGAAGCGGCAGUCACAUGGAAUUUAAAGUAGGCUUAAUACAGAAUCCUUUGCCUUUAAAUGAUCCAAAUUCAGAUUUUGAAAGCCUUAAAUUUGAUUUCGUCUUCUCCCACAAGGCUUUUAGUGAUAGUAGACAGACAAUAAAAGCUAUAGCCAACGUGAAACGAAAAUCCAGUAAUUUGGAUAUGAAGGGGCUGCUAUUAUAUGAAAGUAUUAAUUCUGACUUCAAUUUGGAAUGUAGCGUCAAUUAUGGAAAGGACAAACAAGUUUCGGUGACAAUAUUUUGGUCACAUCCACGUACUACUUUAGAGGAAAUAAAGGCACAUAUUAAUAUUACAGUGCCGACGUUUACACCAAUGGCCGUAAAGGUGGAAAUUAGUGAAAUUCAUAGUCGCGACUAUAAGAUAGAUAUAAACGGAACAACAUUUAGUGGUCACAGUGCUCAUGCAAUCGGUUUUUAUCAAGAUACUAGUACAGCUUUAGCUUCAAACCACCACCUGAAGGUCUUUGUCAAUUCACCAAAUUUUAAGGAUGUGAAUGCCGACUUGGUGUUUUAUAGAGAUAACGAUCAAUUUAGAACGGAUAUUAAGGCGACUUAUGACGACAAUGAUUACCAGCUAUAUUUCAAUCAUAAUUCUACAUCUGAUAAGGACAUGCACACGGAUAUUAGAGUAAAAUACAAAACUAAAUUGUACACUCUCAAUGCCGCAGUCAACAAAGGAGAACAUUUAAAAAUUGCUGUAGAGUUGCAUAUCGAUCAGAUAAGAGACGUGGAAUUUUCAGUUUGGAUUUUCAAUGAGGAAACACAAAGGGCUCUCGGAUUUGACAUCAACUGGGAUGCUAAUAGAGAUCCGAAUCAGAAAUUGUUGGUUGUAGCCAAUUUUACGAAAGCAGCGGAUUUCAAUUACAACGCGGAUUUAAUUGUUAGUUACCCGGGCCGUACCAUCAUUGGGAAAUAUCAAUUUAUAUUGGAAAAGGGUCACAUCGAUAUGCUGGCUACUAUCUCUUGGGAUGACGGCAAAUCAUUUGCAGUUAACCUGAACGUUAAAUACCAAUUCGAAAACGAAGUGUUUUUUGAAAUAUCUUCUCGAUUGAACACUCCACUGGAUUCGCUAAAAAAUAUGAAGCUUUACGGGAUUUUUGAGCACUUAGAAAACAAGUACAGCUUAAACGGGGCGCUAACCUGGAACCCUAGACAAAAAGUGUCUAUCAACCUAUUUGGCGAUCAUUCUUCAGAUGGUAGUGAUGUAAAUUUUGAUUGUAGAUAUAGUUGUUCAUUGCAGAGCACUUUGGGACAUAUCCCAAAUGUUAAUGCUACAAUUAAACAUUCGCAAAACUACACCGACUAUAAAUCCCUUAUUUAUUUGAUGUACAAUCCUGACUUUAUUAUCGAUGUGGAUAGCUACUGGCAACACCAAACUAACGAACAUUUCUCAAAUCUAUCAGGAACUGUUAACACUCUUACGCCAUUUAAAGGUUUAGAAAAGGGCAUUCUUGUUACUAAAAUAUUUUACACAGAAGACAAACAUUUGCGAGGAGUGGCAGAAAUCGAUUUAGACCAUAAAAAAAUGUUAGUUGCCAUGGAAGGCAAAUUUAGAAAACUCAUGGACAGCAUGUUUAUUGCAAAUAUUAGCACCACGGAAGAAAAGUAUCAAUGUCAGUUCAAAAUAUCAAAGAAGGACCGACACUUCGUUGCACUAAUCACGUAUCCUGAUGGAAAUCUGGGAACAGAAGUGCUAUUUGCCCUAAACGAUUUAAUCGAUUUUGAUGUGAAGAUUUUCUUGGCCACACCCAUCGAAUUUUUACAAAAGGUUUUAAUUGUCGCUAAGCUGCACACAGGAAAGGCAGAUUUCCGAAUAGGCUGGAAUUCUCUUUUGUUGGGAUUUUCCGGGAUAGCGCAUUAUGUUAAUAUCAUUGACUUCCAAUACACAUACAAGAUAUACACUCCCAUCAAGGAUUUCGAGGAGAACGGCUUGGUAGCCAAGCUUAUAUUCAAAAAAGGCUUAGACUUCGAGACAUCUUUGCAGCUAUCUCGAUAUAAGUUGGGUGUGAAAUUAAUAGGAAAACCGAAACCAAAACCAUUAAAGGAAUUGGGAAUUAAUGUUAGAGACGUAUAUUAUUCCAAAGUUAGUCACCGCAACAGUGACAAAGAUGACGAUUUCCUGAGUUUCGAAGGUUUAAUUGAAGUAGACGCAAUUAUAUAUCCUACAAUCAAAGGUCAACUGGAAAUAGACCAAAAGGGUCCAGUUUAUGUACUCCAAUCAAAAGUUCUUCUGCCACAUGGAGCAGCCACUAUAUUUGAUGAAUUUCAAUAUAUCGAUGUUCUGUCCAUGGCCAAUACUUUACGAAUUAUUACUCCAUAUAAAACUUUUAAUAGCAUUCACUCGGAUUUUAAACUACAAUUUGUGCAGAACAGUCAUUAUAUGUUCAAUCUUGGAUUGGGUUAUAAAAAUGAUUCCACACCGAUAACGACUGGUAUUUUGGUGGAAUAUAACGUAGACCGGCGAGAUAUUAGCGAUAGAAACUAUAACGUUACGCUAGACGUAAAUACGCCCUUUAAAGCUUUUCCAAAGUUGAAAUUGUUUGGGGCUUUUGAAACCGAGGAGAAUUUUUAUCGCACCAAGCUAUUAUUCACAACAAAUAGGAGUGAUAUAUCUCUGGAUGCCACCACGGAAACUGAUGGUGGCUGGUUAGGACUAACUUCAGAGUUUCACGCAAUAACUCCACUAUUCAAAUUGCCGCAAUCCCAGCUCAGCCUUACCAAAUUAACGGACUCUUCAGACAACUAUUUUGAGGUUCGGCUCAAGGUUCCAGAAAAACUUAAGUCUGAGGUAUAUUUUAGAACUUCUUGGCUCUUCAAAGCUCCAAGGGAGUUUAGGACCAUAUUAGAACUCGAAACUCCAUUUACGGGACUUGAAAAUACUAAGGCAGGUGUAGAUUUCAUGGCGAUGGAAGAUAAAACAACUUUGUCGGCAUACCUCCACCUUAAUCCUAUCGAAGCAGAGGUGAAUUCAACGUUUGAAAAUAAUGUCCUAAUUAGCAAUUCGUUAAUUAAAUUUAAUGAAAACAUAUUUCCACUAAAUGUAAAUUGUAAGGUUUUGACUCCGGCUCCAAAUAGGCUUGAGCUUAAUGGAACUUUAUUACUUAGAGAUGAAGUAUUUGGAAUAAAUGGAAACGUAGAUCUUAUAGGAAGUUUACCACUACAAGUUUUAAUCACUCUUAUCCCGCAAGCUAAUAGUGUUCCUUCGACUUUUCAAUACAAUAUUGAAACAACUCUAAAUGGCUAUGGAUUAGUUGGAUCUCUCAGUUAUUCCAAUAGAUUGACCCAUUUUAGCGGCAAUGCAAAAGCGAACGAUAAACUAAACUGGGAAAUACGUUUCAAGGUUGAUCCACCCAAUCCUGACCAGACGUUUCUGCUUCAUGCAGUGGCUAAUUCAGCAACAGAUAUUAUGCACUUGGACAUUGAAUGUCAAUCGAAUAUUCCCCAACUGGAGCAUCCCAGAUUCGGUUUAACCUACAGAGAUGAAAAAAUUUUGAACAAGCUCGAGGGUUAUUUUAUCCUUACAAAAGUUAACGGAAGUGCAGAUGUAGAGAUGACGUGGUUAUAUUUGGAGGAUAUGCUAUUGAAAGCAAAGGGGAAUUACCAGAAUCCUUUAUACGCGAGUUCAUCCCAAGUGGCAUUAUAUUACAAAAAUAUUGGAAAGGAUUUUAGUGAAUUAAAUACCGGUUGUGACCUGAUAAUUGAUAGAUUGUGGCAAGCGGGUGCCAAUGUUUUAUUUAGACUUCCGGCGAAAAAUAACAUUAGUCUUGAAGGCCACAUUAACAUUCCUAAUAACGCAAAAGACACUCACAGUGUAUUUGGGAAAUUGGUUUAUGGGACAGGACUCAGCUUUAUUGAUUAUUUGCUUAGAUACAAAAGUAGCGAACCUGUGAAAAAAUUCGGUCUAUUUGGAGAGGUUUCCCUGGAAAACAAGCACAAUCUUUCUGGGAAUGCUAUAAUAGAGUGGAAUGAAAAGGAAUUUCACAAUAACGCCAACUUUAAACUACUGGAAAAAUCUUUUGAUGUUUUGUAUAAAUUGAAAACACCGAACUAUCAGGAAAAACAUUUAUUUGUUGGCCAAUUAUCUUAUAAUGGCACUAAUGAAAUCCACAACGUAACAUGCAAAACAUUUUAUCCGGAGGAUUCAUCUUUGUUAUAUGGAACAAUAAAUUAUGUGGAAUUAGCGAAUAUGGUGGGUAUGCUCAAUAUAUCCAUACCAAACAAAUCGCUUAAUUUUACGGGAGUCCGUUUUCAAUCUGAAACAAACAGCAAUAUACACAAUCGAUUGAUCAAAGUUUUCUGGGCCAACGAGACUGCACUUUUAGAUAGCAAAUGUGCCAUAAAAACGGGCAAUACCAAUUCAGAGAGGCACUAUAAAGGGGACUUGCUUGUGGAAUUGCCAUUGGCUACGAGGCAUAUUGGGCUAGUGGAUUAUGAAUAUGACAAAAAGGCAGCGCUCAGCACAGGCAGGGCAACGGUGCAAUAUAACGACGAGAAUAUUCUGGAGGGCAAGUAUAAUUGCCUGUCGGAAUCACGGGCGGACAUAGAAGUGGAUAGAAUACAUGUAGAGCUGCUGAACAACAGGGUCCCCGUUGGAGCCGACUAUGUGCACAGACAUGAAAGCGGCAUGCCAAGGGAGGGCUACAAUGCCCCAACUCUGGACAAUAAACAUAUCCACGUUUAUCAUCUCCAAAACCGUUCCAAGUUUAAUUUGACUGGGGAAAUUAAUGUAGAAACACGUCAAGAUGGUCAAGCCUACGUUGUGGCCGCUACGCAUUUGAAUAGAACAGUCACCCUUUCGGCUGACUACUCUAUUCAACCCCAGGAAUACAAACAGCAUUCAAGAUUAGAGCUCAGCCCUGAGGUUUGGAUUGGAUACGAUUUUAGUCUUAUUAAUAAGACCACAGAUAAUAUUUUCGACGUUGAAAUGUUUCUUAUUAAUAUAUCAUACCCCCGACGUAACUUCAGUGCCCAGGGUUUCUACAAUAUAAGUGAUUCGCUUGUUUCCACGGACAUAUUACUGGUGUGGGACAAAGAUAACAAAUCCGUUGAAGCUGCCUUAGACUGGAGAAAAAUUGCUUUACACCGAGACGAGAUUAAGCUCCUGUUUAAACAUCCCUCAUUCGAAAAAGAUGUAAUGUUGAUGACAAACUAUGGAUAUCAAAAAUCGUCGUUAGAAGGACAAGUGAUUAUUGAUUAUUCAUCGAAUCCGGAGCAGAAAGUCACAUUUGAGGUUCGGGGGGAGGAUAAAUCAAAAGGCCCAACUUACAAUUAUUCGUACAACAUUUUUGCUGAGCACAAAGCCACGAAUUUAUAUUUGAAUUGCUUUGGACAUGUUCACUGGAGCCCCAGAAAAUGUGGAACAGAAUAUAUUGCGGAUUACAAAAAAUCUUUCUUGCCGCUAUCUCGAUCUGUCGCAUUGGUUAAAGUUGACUUUGAUUUGAAUGACGUUGUUUUAAAGAAAGAAGACAUUAUUGGAAAGUCAUAUUUCUGGGGAAGAUAUGGUGGCCAUUUUCCAAUUUACACGGCAAAUAUAACAUCUGCUCAUGGAAUAAAUUACACAUCAGGACAUUUUAAUGCCAAUUUGAAGGAAAAAGUUGUGUCCGCAAAUGUAAAUUUAACUGAAGAUGGCAGCCAAUGUUUACAUAUCUAUGGUGUAAUCCCAGACGCAAGAAGUGCACGAUUUGAAAUUUGGCGGGAUUACGACGACAAACGGCUAACCGACUUAUUUUACUAUCUGAAACUCAAUCACUCGAGAUUAAUAAUGUCCGAACUAAAGUGGCGCCCUGAACUGAUAAAAGAUGUCCAGGACGAAAUUCGUUCGAAAGCUCUACAACUCUACUACGAAAGCUUGGAUCAAAUCAAUAACACCAGACAGUACAUCAGAGCUGAGUCAGUAGAUGCGAUUGAUGGUAUUUGGCAAGAUGCCAAACCCAUAUUAUCAACAUUCUUGAUUGAAUUAAGGAACCUGACUGUAAUAGAGGAAGAUUUGGGACACUUGAGAGAUUUCAUAAAUAAGUCGUACCACAGCAAUGAAUUUUAUUUGAAAGAUAUUAGCUCUGUAGUUCUGAUGCUGUUUGACGAUUUGUCAAUAAAAACGCACUUACAAUCGCUCCCUAAAAUAUUCCAAGAAUUGUGGACCGCUAUGGGAGCAUCGGGGAAGAACAUUAAAGACAGUAUUAAUUUUGUGAUUGAAAAAAUAAAAGUGUAUUAUGCCAACACAACUCAGUUUAUACAUGAUCUAAUCAACGGAGAUCCUGUAAAGCAUUUAUCCAAAAUUCUUGAGAAAAUUGUGGAUCAAUAUGACGAUUACAUCAGGAAUGUGCACGUAUUAACUCUGCAUUAUAUUGAAAAAUUAUGGGUGGAAACAUACGAUAUGAUUGUCGAUAAUUUCCAUCAGAUUUUGGCCGCUUUGGAACCCACUUUCCUCAAAUUCAUUCAUUAUGCUGAAACUAUUAUUUGGACCACAGGAAAAGAGUUUAUAGAUUUUCUCUACAUUCGCAAAAACAAAAUCAUCGAAUCAGCAUAUUUUAUGGAAUUUACGAAAUUUUCCCGAGAUGUCGAUAGAUUUUACAAAGAUAUCAGCGGAAAUAACACCGUAGAAGCCAUUUAUAAAUACGGCAAUAUCGUUUGGAAUUUCGUAAACGAAAAGUACAUUAAUCAUAUGCCGUUCGGAAAGGAACUCAAAGCCGUGAUAUUUGAAAUCAUAGCAGAAUUGAAGCAACUUGGUGAUGUGCCGUCUAUUAAAUAUGCGCUCGAUAAGUUUAACGAAAUCAUGGAAAAUGUUAAGUUUUAUUACAAAUAUUUCGAAGUGGAGUUCAGAACGCAUCGGUUUAUUAAAUUUGUCUAUCGAAAAUUGUCUGAAAUGACGGUUACCGCUUUAGAAAUUGAAAACAGGCAAAGGGAGGCAAAGACCAAAUUUAUUUACGAGCCAGAUGACGGAAUUAUGAUCUUGGAAGAGAAGCUUCCAAUGUCAUGGCAUGGAUUCAACGAAACUCCAGAGUUCCAGGAAAUUCCCGAAAUUAAGGUAUUUUAUAAUGUAUACAACUACUUAGCGACAUCAGAGACGUCGUUUUGGAACUUUUAUUACGAGUAUAUGCCCUACACAGACCCGACAGAACUUCUGCCUCCAUUUAAAGGACAUUCGAUGUUGAUAGGUGGAAAACACUAUGUAACUUUCGACAAGAAAUACUACGAUUUUAAGGGAAGUUGCACAUAUUUAUUGUCGACAGAUUUUGUUGACCGUAAUUUCACUUUGUUGGUAUCUUAUGAUGGGAAUGGCGAUUCCAACCAACUUGUACUUCUGAUAAACAAAACUGCAGUUUAUAUAGAUUUAAUCACAGAUACCAUAACAGUAGAUGGAUCUAAAGCAUUAUUAUUACCUCUGAACAUUGGAAGUCACUUCUUGUAUAGAGAAAAUGAUAUAAUUACCUUAGAAAGCGAGUCAGGAUUCAGAUUGGAAUGUAAUACGAAAUUCCAGAUUUGCAUUUUUGAAGUUUCAGGAUGGCAUUAUGGCAGAACUACAGGCCUGUGGGGUUCAUAUAAUAAUGAACCAUUUGAUGAUUUGAUGACUCCAAAUGGUUCAAGAAUUAACGCAAGUUAUUCACGAAACCUCGCAGAUUUUGGUGAUAGCUGGGCUGUAAGCGAAGGUUGUCAAACCAAAGCUUUCCCAGAUUUACAUUCUCACAGAUCGCCAUCAACAGAAAUUGAGGAGCUUUGUCACGAAUUUUUUCACAGCAAAAUUUCAGAUCUGAGUAACUGUUUUUCGAGAGUACCCAAAGACAAUUUUUUGCAAAUGUGCAUGAAUAGUAGCACGACACUUGAAGCUUGUCGCAGUGCAGUUGCAUAUAUUGAAAUGUGCCAUAGAGAAAAUACUCCGCUGAACAUUCCAGACUCAUGCAUAAAGUGCGAUUUGCUAAAUGGAACAGAAAUUCGAGAAGGAGAUUUUAUUAGAUUACAUGGAAAUUCAGUACCUAGAACCGCCGACGUAGUUUUUAUAGUCGAAGCCAAGAACUGCAAUAAAGAUCUGAAGAAUCGUAAAAACUUUAAUACAGUAAUUGAGUCAAUAAACCAAGAACUUCUUCAGUUAAACAUAACGAACAACAGAUACGCGGUUGUAGUUUUUGGCGGAAGUGGAGUUUUUAAUGCACCAAGAAGUAUCGUCCUAAAUUCGAAAACUUUCACUGAUUAUAUCUCAGUGAUGGAUUAUUUACAGUUCCCUGUAGGGAAUGGAAAUUCUGAUAUAUACAGAGCUAUUAUAUUUGCAAAUAAAUUGAUGUUUAGGCCAGGAGCAUCAAGAAAUCUCGUAUUACUGCCAUGCUCCCAAUGUGACGAAGAUAAUAUGCAGCAUGAUUACGCAACGGUCCAUCAAGUUCUGUUUGAAAGUUCAGCUUCAUUGCAUAUUUUGUUGAACAAUUCCUUUACCGUCAAUUCUCCAGACAUGAAGAAGAAGGAAAACAGGAUUCCAUACGGCAUUGAUAUUAACAAGGCGUACACCAAAAAGGAUGUAAAGAAGCUAGACGGGGAUCAAGUAUUAAGGAAUUCAAUCAGCUUUUCCAAAUCAUCGUUGGGAUGUUUUUCUCUCGCCUUGGAAACAAACGGUACGGUGUUCAGUUCAAAAUACUUGGAAGCUGAUAAGAAUGCUAAGAAGUUUGCUGAAGUUUUUGCCAAACGAUUGGCUUAUUCAGCUGUUCCCCGAGACUGCACAGACUGUGAGUGCACCUCUCUUCAGAAUGGUUUAUCAUAUAUAGAAUGCACACCAUGCACUUAUCUACGUUCCAAUGUAGAAUCUCAUAACUCCAAUGAAGAAGACGAACUUCUCUAGAGUUUAGGUAAUUAUUAAAAUUUUAGAUUUAGUUAUACAUAUGUAUCUUUUGUUGAAUAAAUCAUUUGCUAAUA